AUGGCAGCAACUGAAAGCCCGUACUUUUCGACGUACGUUGUUAACUGUGCGAUCAACGCCUUUUCUUCCUACACCGCCAUCAUGUUGAACAUUUUAACAAUCCACGCCAUGAGAAAAACCUUAUCGCUGCCAAAGCCUCUGAAAGCACUGCUUCUAAGUCUGGCAGUUUCUGAUCUUGCUGUUGGAUUAGUGGCCCAACCUUUUAACAUCGGAAUUAUGGUCGUGCUGUUAAAAAACACGCUCCCCCCUAGUUCCACUGGCAAGUUGUAUUCCUUCUUCACAAAUAUAUUUAGUUGGACCUCAUUCUUUGGCGUUGUGGCCAUAAGUGUAGACAGGCUCUUAGCGAUUCAGCUUCAUCUCAGAUACCAGGCACUUGUGACUCACAAGCGUGUUGUUGCAGUGGUGAUCUCAAUAUGGGUGUUCAGUAUAAUUCUUUCAUCUAUACUGACGUUCCGUUUCAUCCCAAUCAACGAGAUAACCAGUGUAGUUUUAGCCGUCACGAUGGGUCUUUGUUUUAUUUGUACAGCAAUUAUUUAUUGCAAAAUAUAUAUCACUGUGCGACGACACACAAACCAGAUUAACGUUCUGCAAGUACCGCAACAAGAAACACGGAAUGGAGAACGAGCGAAUGCUGCGAGGCAGAGAAAAUCUGCCGUCGUUUACUGCUGGAAGAUGAGAAACAUUCGACGCGCUGUCAUGAACACAAUACGAAGUAUUUUUUCCAAGCCACAAGGAAAUGACGCUACACUGAACAGCGACAUCGAAGGCUGGAGCAACAGUGUUCGUCUAACAGUUCACUCGCGUCGUGAUACUCAUUUUUAG